AUUUAUUACACACCAAAGUAUAAAACCACCCAGCGGCUGCAGCUCUCGUCUCCAGCCCUGGCAUUUGCCCGAGGAGACCGCGUUCCUGGAGCCCCGCUGUCUUGUCCAGGACGCUCUGUGGCUCUGUUGAGAACCAUGCUCGGGAGGCAGCUCGUCUGUUGGCACAUGCUGGCUUUGUUUUUCCUCCCAUUUUGCCUGUGUCAAGAUGAAUACAUGGAGGUGAGCGGAAGAGCUAAUAACGUGGUGGCGAGAAUAGUGCAGAGCCACCAGCAGACUGGCCGUAGCGGCUCCAGGAGGGAGAAAGUGAGAGAGCGGAGCCAUCCUAAAACUGGGAUUGUGGAUAAUAACACUUCUGCAGACCUAAAAUCCCUGAGACCAGAUGAGCUACCGCACCCCGAGGUAGAUGACCUAGCCCAGAUCACCACAUUCUGGGGCCAGUCUCCACAGACCGGCGCACUGCCCCCAGACUGCAGCAAGUGUUGUCAUGGAGACUACGGCUUCCGAGGCUACCAAGGCCCCCCUGGACCACCAGGCCCUCCCGGCAUUCCAGGAAAUCACGGAAACAAUGGCAAUAAUGGAGCCACUGGCCAUGAAGGGGCCAAAGGUGAGAAAGGUGACAAAGGUGACCUGGGGCCUCGAGGGGAGCGGGGGCAUCAUGGCCCCAAAGGAGAGAAGGGCUACCCGGGCGUUCCACCAGAACUGCAGAUUGCAUUCAUGGCUUCUCUAGCAACUCACUUCAGCAAUCAGAACAGUGGAAUUAUUUUCAGCAGUGUUGAAACCAACAUUGGAAAUUUCUUUGACGUCAUGACUGGUAGAUUCGGGGCCCCAGUAUCAGGUGUGUAUUUCUUUACCUUCAGCAUGAUGAAGCACGAGGAUGUUGAGGAAGUGUAUGUGUACCUUAUGCACAAUGGCAAUACAGUCUUCAGCAUGUACAGCUAUGAAACAAAGGGGAAAUCAGACACAUCCAGCAACCAUGCUGUGCUGAAGCUGGCCAAAGGGGAUGAGGUCUGGCUGAGAAUGGGCAACGGCGCGCUCCAUGGGGAUCACCAACGCUUCUCCACCUUUGCCGGCUUCCUGCUCUUUGAAACUAAGUAAAUACAUGAGUACGAUAGCUCCAGUUUGGGGAAGCCUUGCGGCUGAGCUCGUAAAGUUAUGAUCUGAGAAACAUUAAAUGUGAGGGUUUUACAUGCCGUACUAAAAAAAAAAGGUAUUAUUUACAUUGAUAAUCAUGCUACAGGUAUAUCAAUAAUGUUGGAUGACUCAGGGGCUCGGAAGAAUAAACCACAAAACAGUGUUCCCAGAUGACCUUGACUAAUAUACUUAGCAUUUUUAUCACUCUUCCCUAGACACCUGAAGGAGAAUUCUCCUCUGACACAAGUUGGAAAUAAUUGUUCCCAUCAGAGAAGUCAUUUGCAAAGAGUUUUGGCUGCUUCGUUUUUAAUUUAAUACCAGCUUUCAGGAAUCCCUGAAGUUUUGAGUUCAUCAUUCUUUGUAACAAUUCAGAGAAUGGGGUGCAGUGAUCAUGUUCGGACUAGAGCAAGAACAGGUGAACU